UCCACGAUGCUGUCUCACCUGCUGGCGCCAAGUUUCUGCCAGGUUGUGAUAAAAGUGAAUCGCAGGUCUUACCUGACUCUCGGUUUAGUUUUUAGGGAUUUUACAACCUCAAGUCCAAAAUGUGGAGAUGCAUCCAACAGCGCUUCAGUGGUCACCUACUUCCAGCUGAAGACCAUGUUGGCCAAUCAUGACGUUCAGCUAUUUGAUGUCCGAAAUCCUGAUGAAUACCAGGCCGGACACAUCCAAGAUGCUGUCAACAUCCCAUUGAGCAGUCUGGAGGACUCUCUGAAGCUGUCUCCUGAGCGCUUUCAGCAGAAAUUUGAAGUGAGGGCCCCCAGGAAAGAUGACGACAACUUGGUGUUUCAUUGCAAAAGUGGCAUCAGGGGCUCCAAAGCGCUGGACAUCGCCCGUCAGCUGGGAUUUAGCAGGGCAAGACAUUAUAAAGGAGGGUACAGUGAGUGGGCCGAACGAGAAGGAAAAUGA